AUGGGAUGCGUCCUAUUCUGUCUCCCCGGUAUCUAUAUCGCCCUGACUGGUCUUGGGGCUGGUGGUGGACAGGCAGACUCGCAGGAAACCGCGGCUUUGACGAAUAGCAUUCUCUACGGUGUCUAUACCGUCGCGGGCUGGUGCGCAGGUCCUGUUCUAAAUCACCUGAAGCCAAAGUGGACAGCAGUAAUCGGUGGGAUUGGAUAUCCCCUCUACGUUGGUUCGCUAUGGUACUAUGACCGAAUUGGCAAGCAGCCAUUUCCGCUCGCAGCUGGUGGCAUCCUUGGUGUCUGUGCUGGGCUUAUGUGGACAACGUCGGGGUACAUCCAGUUUGCGUACCCGGAAGAGAAGGAUAAAGGAACGUACAUCGCUGUACAAUGGAUCCUGACUUCCGCGGGGAGUACAGUUGGUGCUCUCAUUGCGUUUGCCAUGACAGUUCAUGAAACGGAAGCUGGGGGAAUCUCCGACGCAGUGUAUAUUGCCUUUAUUGUGGUGAUGGCUGUUGCAGUAGUAGGAGCGUUCUUCUUUCUGGCAGAUCCAGCAGACAUCGUUCGAGACAACGGCCAGCAUAUUGCAGUGUUCGAGGCACCGACGCUCAAGAAAGAAGUGCUUGGGAUAUUGUCUGUCAUGGCGGAUCCAAAGAUCAUCAUCCUACUCCCGGCCAUGUUUGUCGCUGAGAUGUGCCUGGCCUUGACGAGCAGUAUCAACGUGUACUACUUCAACCUACGCACUCGCUCCCUCAACAACCUCCUCUUCCAGGCAAUCAUGAUCCCAACCCCCAUGCUCCUCGCAUGGAUCCUCGACAACAAACGCAUGUCCUCGCGCAAAGCCCGCGGCGCCACAGGGACAGCCAGCCUCGCCCUCGUAACCCUCAGCGCGGUAAGCGGACUCCUGGCGUGGGUAAUCCGCAACAACGUCAGCCAUUCCGCAACGCCGCCGCCGGCAGUGGACUGGACCGAGUCCGCCUUCGGGCCGGGGAUAGUGCUGUAUCUGCUCUUCGGGGUCAUCUACGCCUGUUUCCAGAUCAUGGUGCAGUGGACGCUGGCAGCGCUGACCAACGACCCGGCGCUGUGUGCGCGUUAUGCGGGGGCGUUCAAGGGCACGGUGAGUCUGGGCAUGUGUGUUUCGUUUACGGUUGACUCGCAGGGAAUGCAGAUUCGGGAUCAGGUUAUCCUGCAGUUGGUGCUUUAUGUAGCGGGGGUGGUGAGUUUGGGUUGGGUUGUGGUUGGGUAUGUGAAGCAGACGAACUAUUUCGUGGAGGAGGGGGUGAUUGUGCCGGUUGAGGAGGAGGAGGAGGAGGAGGAGGAGGAGGAGGGGAAGAAGGAGUAG